UAAAAGGCGCAGUUAGCAAUCUUUUCCACGCAUUCAGUGAUCACUCUCAUUCAGUAUGGCUUUCUUUAAAUUCGCUUUUACCUUGACUCUUGUGGCUUCCUGUGUCUCUGCUGACGGAGGCUACGGAGGUCAUGGAGAUUCAAUAGUCGUGAGUCACGGAGACUCUCUGGGAGGUGCCUUUGAUUCUGGUGUCCACGGAGGACAUGGAGUUCAUGGUGGCUCCUUUGGCGGACAUGGAGGCUCAUCUGGAGGCGGAUAUGGAGGCCAUAAAGGAAGCACUGCCACCUCCUUCAGUGUAUUCAACCUGGGAUCCUUGGGAGGUGGAUACGGAGGUCAUGGUGGAGUCUCUGGAGGACAUGGAGGUGUUUCUGGAGGUCAUGGAGUAAUCUCUGGAGGUCAUGGAGUAAUCUCUGGCGGUCAUGGAGGAAUAUCUGGAGGUCAUGGAGUAAUCUCUGGAGGACAUGGAGGAAUAUCUGGAGGUCAUGGAGUAAUCUCUGGAGGUCAUGGAGGAAUAUCUGGAGGUCAUGGAGGAAUAUCUGGAGGUCAUGGAGUAAUCUCUGGAGGUCAUGGAGUAAUCUCUGGAGGUCACGGAGGAUUUUCUGGAGGUCAUGGAGGCGUCACAGGCUCUUAUGGAAAGUAAAUCAUAGGGUAGACCUUACACCAAAUUCAACAUAACUUAUUUUCAUAGAAUAAUUUUGGUAAUUUAAAAGAUUCUUAAUGUUGUAUAUUGUCUUACAACAUAUAAUUAUUUCUUUAAUAUUUGAAAUAAAAUAA